AUGGCCGACUUCGACGCCGUUCCCUCCCCGGACACUUCCCGGGCCCCGGGCGUCCGGGCCUUUGGCUCGCCCGACGCCCCGGCCUCGUCCUUCGACGUCUCGCGCGAGGCGCUCGCGGCCAAGGCCUUUUCCGCGGGCGCCGUCUUCGGCGCCGGCGCGAACCCCCGGGACGAGGCGCCCGCGUGCCGCGUCGGCGACGCGGCCGAGCGCCGCCUCGCGGCGGCGGCGCGCCUCGCCAAGGACUCGGGGCCCCCGGUCCGCCCGCCCGUGCCCGCGCCGCUCGGCGGCCGCCCUUCCGACUCGCUCGGCCGGCGCCCGGUCUCCCGCGCGGACGCCCUGGACACCGUCCACAACCUCGACGACAUGCUCAUGGCCGCCCUCGCCGCGUCGCGGCCCUGGGCCACCUUCGUCGACGCCCUCGAAGAGCGCGCGCCCGCGUGCGUGGACCUGGCCAUCGGCGUCGCGGCGUCGCUCGAGCUCCGCAUGGACCUGAUGGACGUCGUCCUCGAGCUCAGCCGGACGUGGCUCGCCGGCGACCGCCUCGGCGAGCGGUUCUACACGUCGCUGGCGCGGUCCGUCCCCAAGCUCCGCGACCUCUCCCUGGCGGAGCGCACGGAGUGCGACGCGACGGUCAUGUCCGUGGGCGAGGUCUCCGGCCCGAGCGCCUACGCGCGCGUCGCCGACGACGUCGUCCGCCGGGCGCUCAAGCGGCAGACGCACCGGCGCCUCGGCGCGCUCGCCGGCGGCGCCGGCGGCGCCCUCGUGGGCACCGCGCGCGUCGCCGCGGCGGCGCGGGCCGUCCAGGACACGCUCGUCCUCGAGCCCGCGUGGGCGCGGUUCGUCGACGCCGAGGACGCGUUCCGCGCGUUCGCGGGCCGGUGCGACGACGUCGUCCUCGAGGCCCUCGCCGGCGCCGCGCCGCGCGACGUGCGCGUCGCCGCGGCCAAGGCGGCGCGCAAGGUCGUCGUCGCGCCGCGCGGGGCCAUCUUGGACGCGGCGCGCGGCGCGCACGCCGCGAGCGUGUCGUGGCUCAAGUCGCACGAGCGCGAGGCCGCGGCGGCCUACUCGGAGGACGAGGACGAGGACGUCGGCUUCGCGACGCCCCGCGCGUCCGCGCCCGGGAGCCCGGUCCUGACGCCGCUCCUCGCGUCCCCCGGCGCCCGGCCGGCCGCCGCGCCGCGCGCCGCCGCCGCCGCGCCGCGCGCCGCCGCCGCGCCGCCCAAGACGCUCCCCCACGGCUUCCCGAUCGAUAUCUUCCACCGGACGAACCCGGUGGUGCCCUACAAGAACCGCUCGGUCGUCCCGAAAGAGUCGGCGCAGUUCCCCACGAAGCUCCGCGCGCUGCUCGAGGAGCCGAAGCACGCCGACGUCGUCGUCUGGCGCGCCUCGACGCAGAGCAUCUGCGUCCUCGACAAGCCGGCGUUCUGCAAGAUCCUGCCGCGCUACUUCAAGCUCUCGUACAAGACGGGCGCCGCGGCCGCCGACCUCAAGAAGAUGUGGGACUCCUUCGUCCGCCAGCUCAACUACUACGGCUUCCACAAGCGCACCCGCGGCGCCGACGAGUACGCGAUCACCGACGACCCCAAGAUCACGUCGCCGCGCAAGUUCUCGCGCCUCUGCCGCCGCCUCCCGAUCUCGCGCGCCAAGGACCGCCCGAGCAUCAGCGACCUCGACCGGGCCGCCCUGCCCGCGCACGCGCCGCCCCCGUCGCGCGCGCCGCGGGCGCCGGCGCCGGCGCCCCCGGCGUCGCCGGUGCCGGCGGCGUCGCCGGCGCCGUCGAAGCCGUCGAAGCCCGCGGCGCCCUCGGCGCCCUCGGCGCCCUCGUCGGCCAACAAGCGCAAGCGCGAGGCCAAGCGCGCGGCGGCCGAGGCCAUCCUCUUCGCCACGAUGCGCCUCCUCGCGCUCGCGGUCUGCGCGGCCCUCGCGGCCGGGGCCACGUUGAGCAACCUGCGCCUGCCCGUCGACGAGGCGGGCGACGAGCUCGUCACGGGCGAAGCGUCGGUCCUGCUCCACGCGGGCCGCUAUUACUUUUAUUUCAACGACUGGGGGGGCUGCCCCGGCAUCGACUGCUGCGGCUCCUCGGGGGGCUGCGCGAGCUGCUGCUUCGGUCCGAAGCAGAACGCGAGCCUCGACGGCUGCGUCUACCGCACGAACCACUCCGUCGUCGCCUACUCGACGGCGGACUUCGCCUCGUGGCGGCGCCACGGCGUCGUCCUGGCCGAGGCCGCGCGCGCGCCCGGCGUCGAGUUCCGGCCGAACGUGAUCCGCCACGCGGCGAGCGGCGCGUUCCUCAUGUGGUACGAGGACCGCCACGAGAACCAGACCGGCUACGCCGUCGCCGUCGCCGACGGCCCCGCGGGGCCGUUCCGGACCGUCGUCAACGACACGGCGAUGCAGGGCCGCGGCAGGGUCGGCGACUUCUCGCUCUUCGUCGACGACGACGGCGCGGCGUACCACGUGCGCACGGGCUUCGUCGUCGAGCGGCUCGCGGACGACUACCGCUCGGGCGCGGGCCCGUACGCCGAGUUCGCGUCGCCGAAGCCCGCCGAGGCGCCGGUCAUGUUCAAGGAGCGCGGGACCUACUACGUCGUCGCGGGCACGGGCUGCUGCGCGUGCCGCGGCGGCGCGUCCGCGUACGUGUUCUCGGCGGACGCGCCCCUGGGGAACUGGACGUACCGCGGCGACGUCGGCUCGCGCCCCGGCGCCUUCGACCCCCACAGCCCCGACAACUACGUCACGAACGCCCAGGGCUCCGCCGUGUUCCGCGUCGGCGGCGACCUCGUCUACCUCGGGAACCAGUGGGUCACGUCCGCGCGGCCCGGCGGGCCGCGGAACAACGACCUCCUCGCGUGGACGUCCCCUCGCGUCGCCCACGCCCGGCGGUCGGCCGCCAUGGUCCCCGUCCUCGCGGCCGCCUGGGUCGCCGCCGCCGCGGCCCACGGCCGGUCGUGCGCCCCGGCGGCGCCGCGCUUCGACGCCGCGGCGGCCUGCGGGCCCGGCGUCUCCGGCGUCGUCGUCGUGCCCGCCGUGCGCAAGGGCCUCAACAACCAGCGCAUGCGCAUCGUCCAGGACGCCGUCGUCGCGUCGCUGCUCGGCGCCGCGCUCGAGCUGCCGCGGUCGGUCCGCACGCGGCGCGGCUGCGGCUACCGCGCGGACUGCUACGCGAACUACAGCGAGGAGGUGGCCUUCGGCGACGUCUUCGACGAGGCGCGCGUCGUCGCGGGCCUGCGUACGGCGGGCGUCUGCGUCGUCCGCACGGGCCUGCCGGCGGACGCGGCGCUCCCCGAGCUCGCCGGGUCCCUCUGGCCCGCGGCGGCGUCGAUGCUCGAGCGCGAGUUCGGCGCGGGCCCCGUCGCGGGCCCGUCGCACCCGGCGCUCCAGCGGUGGAAGGUCGCGGGCCACGUCUUCUCCCUGGGCGGCGACGGCGACUGCUGCACGAAGCUCGUGCCGGACACGCCGCGGUCCGCGCGCCUCGUGCGCCUCGUGAACGCCGCGUUCGCGCCCGCGGCGGGAACAGGGUUCGCGCCCGCGGCGCGCGUCGACCGCGCGGCCGAGGCCGCGCUCCGCCGGUUCCGCGCGGAGACGCGCGACGCGCCCGUCGUCGCGCUGCACUGGCGCGGCGACGAGGACUUCGUGCGGACGGCCCACGGCCUCAACGCGUCCGCGCACGACGCCGCGGCGUGCGAGGCGCUCGACGCGGCGCUCCGCGCGGCGCGCGGCGCCGCGGACGCGCGGCGCGGGCCCGCGCGCGGCGCGCGGCGCCGGCGGCGCCGCGACGCGGCCGCCGAGGCGCGGCCCCCCGCCGUGCUCGUGCUCGGCGACGUCGCGGCGGCGGCGCUGCCGGCGCUCGAGGCGCGCGUGCGCCGCGCGUGCGGCGGCGACUUCGCGUUCCACACCAAGGCGUCGCUCGGCGCCGAGGACGCGGCCCUCGCCGCGGGCCCGCGCGGCGGCGACGACGUCAAGGGCCAGGUCGACUUCGAGCUCGGCGUCGCCGCGGACGCGUUCGUCGGCGCGCCGUUCUCGUCGUUCUCCGUGCUCGUCGCGCUCGCGCGCGCCGCGCGGCCCGGCGGCGCGGCGGCGACGUCCAUGGUCGACGUCGACGUCCGCGACGGCCUCGGCGCCAUCUUCGCGAAGCAGUUCCUCUACGGCGAGGACGUCGACGACGCCGCGGCGCACGCGCGGCGCUGCGGCGACCUCGUCGAGCUCCACGGCGGCUUCGGCGCGGGGCUCGGCGCGUGCGUGCUCCGGCGCCAGGGCGAGGAGGGCCGGCGCGUGGUCCUGCGGGCCUUCCAGGCCUGCGACGAGUGCGCGCCGGUCCUGCCGAACGUGUGCCUCGACACCGGCGCCGCGGACGCGCGCUACGAGGCGCUCCUCGACGGCUGGAACCCCGCGGACGAGCUGAGCCGCCACGACGACGCGCUCGGCGUGUCCUGCGCGCGCGCGGCGCGGCUCCUCGACGUCGCCGGCGGGCCCCACCGCGACGCCGCGACGGGCCGCGUCUACGCGCUCGACGAGAACCUGGAGGAGUUCCGGCUGCUCCGCGAGGGCUUCCGGCGCGCGCUCCGCGUCGCGCCGCGCCGCGUCGAGCCCGCGGCGUGCGGCCUCCCGCGCGCGCCGCCCUUUGCGCCGCCCCUCGACGCGCCGGCGACGGCGGGCGGCCGCGUCUGCGUCCUCGCGGCGGUGGCGACGGCGCUCUUCGGCGCCGUCGACGCGCUCGAGCCGCUGGCGGACGCGGAGCGGAAGCGCGCGCAGCUCGACCGCUACGAGAACGACCUCGGGCUCGCGAGCUGCUGGUUCGCCUUCGUCGACGGCGCGGCCUUCGACGCGCUCGCGGACGCCGCGGGCGCGGCGCCGGGUGAGCGGGCCUGCGGGCGCCUGGCCUACGGCCGCUACGACGUCGUGCGCGUGCCCGAGCGGCUCAUGCCCUUUUCGGCGUCGGGGCCGAACUCGCGCGUGCCGAAGAUGCUCGGCCACCUCUUCCUCGGCCACGCGCGCUACCUGCUCUACAUGGACGCGAAGAUCCGCCUCGGCGCGCUCGAGGACGCGUGGACGCUGCUCUACGAGGAGCUCGUGCGGCCGGCCGCGGCGUGGGCGUCGCCCGCGCACCCGAAGCGCGCGACGCCCUACGAGGAGGCGCGCUGCGUCCACGUCCUGGGCCUCGCCGGCGACGGCGUCCUCGCCCAGAUGCGCGCGUACCGCGCGGCGGGCCUGCCCGAGGACGCGCCGCUCAUCGAGGGCGAGUGGCACCUCCGGGACCUCGCGGACAACCGCUCCGCGGCGCUCGGCUGCGCCUGGUUCGAGGAGUUCGCCAGGCGGGGCCACGCCCGGGACCAGAUCUCCUUCAACUUCGCCGCGCGGGGCCUCCGCGACGCGCCCUCGAACGCGGGCGGCGCGGCCGCGUUCGUCCGCGUCGCCGACUACCGCGGCGCGAAAAAGUACGCGCACGUCGAGCGCGCGCCGGCCUACUGGAAGGCCCGGGCCAAGAGCCACACCUGCGACAUCGACAUCGACCACCCGGCGGAGCGCCGCGCCGCGGCGCCGGCCCUGGCCAACGCGACGAACGCGUCGCCCGCGGCGGCGCCCGCGGCGCAGAAGGCGCCGCCCGCGUCGCCCGCGGCGCCGGAGCCGGCGCCCGCGCCGGCGGUCGACGCCGGCGCGCCGGAGGAGGCGCCGCUCUUCGCGGUCAAGGAGCUCGUCGAGGUGUCGCGGCGCAAGUUCCCCGGGUUCAACUUCGAGGGCGGGACGGCGAAGAUCACCAAGGUCCACGACGAGCGGUCCGCGGACCUCGGCCCCAUGAAGGACGGCAGCGCGCGUCGGACGACGGGCUUCACGUACGGCGUCAAGUACGUCAUGGGCGGCUCCGAGAAGCGCGUCGACGCGCAGCACAUCGCGAGCAAGCGCGAGGUGAGCCGCGAGGCGGCGAGCGCGGCGCGCCAGGAGGAGGUCGCGGCGCAGCGGGCCGAGCGCGAGCGCGCCGAGGCCGCGGCGCGCGCCGAGGAGGCCGCGCGCGUCGAGCGGAAGCGCGCCGCGCGCGCCAAGGUCGCCGCGCUCCGCGAGGCGAAGAAGCGCGUCGCCAAGCCCGCCGCCGCGCCGGCGAAGAAGCGCGCGAAGACGGACGCGGCGCCCGCGGCGCCGCCGCCCGCCGCGCCCGCCGCGGCGCCCGCGGCGGCGCCGCCGGCGCCGGCGCCGCCCGCGGAGGAGCCCGCCGACGCGGCCUGGCUGCGCGGCGUCCUCGCGACGGCGCCGCGCGACGUGCCCGACGAGCUCGACCUCGAGGCCUUCCACGCGCACGCGGCGGCGUCGUCGCCGCCCGCGGCGCUCGGCGGCGACGCCGCCGCCGUGCGCGCGGGCGUGCGCGCGCUCCUCGCCCGGCUCGAGGCCGACAACCACGUCAUGGUCGUCGACGGCACGCUGUUCCUCGCGGCCAUGGGCGGCGACGACCGCGAGCUGCUGCUGCUCGCGCGCUGCUCGAUGCUGCGCGCCGGCGGCGCCGCCAGCGCCGGCGCCGACGCCGCCGCGCCGCCGGCGCCGAGCGACGUCGAGCGCAUCGCCGCGAGCCUGGGCUUCGACGUGUGCAGCGACAGCGACGACGACGACGAGCUCAUGUCGCUGGUGCCCGCGGACGCGGCGGCGCACGCCGAGUGGGUCGACGAGGACGAGCAGUUCGACGGCGCGCCGCGGACGGAGCACGAGGCGCUCGCGCCGCCGCCCGCGCCCGCGCUGGCGGACCUCGCCGUCGCGCCGGGCGCGCCGCUGCGCCGCGUCGGCGUCGCCGAGUCGUUCCUCGCGUCCGAGCGGACGCUCGUCGUCCGCGGCGCGCGCGACGCGGCGGCGCUCGUCGAGGACAGCGUGCUCUGCCUCGAGGACCGGUUUCCCCUCGGCGCCGUCGCCGAGAUCUUCGGCCCCGUCCGCGAGCCCUUUUACGUCGUCCGCCUCCGCGACGCCGCCGACGCGGACGCCGUCGCCGCGCGGGACCCCGCGGGCCGCGACGUCUUCGCGCCCGCGGACCGCGUCGCCUUCGUGCGCCCCGAGGAGCUGUCGUCGCGCGGCUGCGACGCGUCCAACGUCUACGACGAGGAGCUCCCGGACCACCAGCAGGAGUUCUCCGACGACGAGGACGCGCAGGCCGCCAAGGCCCUCGCGAAGAAGCGCGGCCGCGACGGGGGCGGGGCGCCGCCGGUGUACGAGGGGCCGCCGCCGCCGCCCUAG